GCGGGGUGUGGGGAGCGCGCCGGAGCCUGGCAUGCCCCAGUGUGGACGUGAGUCACUCCGCGGAGCCCCUCGCAGCAGCCGCCGCCAGCCCGGCUCCCCCCACAUGCCGGCUCCCGGCCGCUCCGGGGCUCGGCUGCCCGCCCCGCCUGCCCGGCUCCCCGCCGCCUGCGGCUGAUGCUCGCUGUCCCCCAGCUGCCCCGAGCCCGCCCGUGUGGACCGUACAAAGCCAGCAGCCCGCGCCGCUGUCCGGGGACUGCCUUGCCCGGGAGGAGCCCGCGGCUACCAGGAAGGGACCAUGUACGUAGACCCGGAGGCUGCCGGCAAAGGAGUGCCCUCCCGCGAUGUCCUCCUGGUCUCAGCCAUCAUCACCGUCAGCCUUAGCGUCACCAUCGUCCUGUGCGGGAUCUGCCAGUGGUGCCAGCGCAAACUGGGUAAACGUUAUAAAAAUUCCCUGGAGACGGUGGGGACCCCGGAUUCCAGCCGAGGGCGCAGUGAAAAGAAAACCAUCAAUGAUCUAGACAGAGACUUUUGGAAUAACAAUGACAACACAGUGCAGCAGAAAUGGAGCUCCUACCCUCCCAAGGAGUUUAUACUAAACAUUUCACCUUACGCCCCAUACGGUGAUCCACGACUUUCCCUCAAUGGCUCUCUGCUGUCGGGCGCUAAGUUGGCCGCCUCUUCCGCUUCGGGGUUGGCGGGGGAGCGAGAAGGACGCCUGGGGGAGAAGCAGCAGCUCCGAGAGGACGGCAUGAAGAGCAGCCUGUCUGCCCACAGCGAGCCCAGCAAUGGGAAGGCGGGGAGAGGCCGAUGGCACACGGUGCAGAGCCACCUAGCAGCAGGGAAGCUCAGCCUAUCCAAUUUCGAGGACUCCACCUUGUCCACAGCCACUACCCUUGAGUAUAUCCCCACCUCAGCAGGAGACCUGAAAUGCCAGCGUCCCCGCACGCUGAUGCGCCAGCAGAGCCUCCAGCAGCCGCUUAGCCAGCACCAGAAAAGCAACCACAGCCAGCCCACCACCAGCCAGAGCCUGGGGCACCUACAGUCUCACACCAGCUCCUCUUCCAGCGGCGGCAACCCCCGGGGCCGGAGCAGCCAGUCGCGGCAAGGGGUCUCGGCUGGCUCCAAGCACCGGACGGCUGGCGGCCGAAGCCGCUCCAACCCCGGGAGCUGGGACCACGUGGUGGGGCAGAUUCGCAACCGAGGCUUGGACGUGAAGUCCUUCCUGGAAGGCCGGAUGGUGGUGUUAUCCCUGGUUCUGGGACUCUCGGAACAGGACGACUUUGCCAAUAUACCUGAUCUGCAAACCGCUGGGAACCAGCAGGCGCAGAACUCUCAGGGGGACAAGAGGUUGCCAUCUGGAGGCAAGAUGGUGAACACAGCCCCUAUGCCCGGGCAGACCCAGCAUGACGAGUCUGACCGCAAAACAGAGCCUCGCUCGUCUGUCUCGGACCUGGUGAACUCCCUGACCAGUGAGAUGCUAAUGCUCUCCCCAGGCUCUGAGGAUGACGAGGGACACGACAGCUCCAGCAGGGAGAACCUCGGCCGAAUCCAAUUCAGCGUCGGCUACAACUUCCAGGAAUCCACCCUGACUGUCAAGAUCAUGAAGGCUCAGGAGCUGCCAGCCAAGGACUUCAGUGGCACCAGUGACCCUUUCGUCAAGAUCUACCUGCUGCCGGAUAAAAAGAACAAGCUGGAGACCAAAGUGAAGAGGAAGAACUUGAAUCCGCACUGGAACGAGACCUUCCUCUUUGAAGGUUUCCCAUACGAGAAGGUGGUGCAGCGGGUGCUGUAUCUCCAGGUUCUGGACUAUGACCGCUUCAGUCGCAAUGACCCCAUCGGAGAGGUGUCCAUUCCACUCAACAAGUUGGACCUGACCCAGAUGCAGACAUUCUGGAAGGAGCUGAAACCCUGCAGCGAUGGAAGUGGAAGUCGGGGAGAACUCCUCCUGUCCCUUUGCUACAACCCUUCUGGUAACUCCAUCAUUGUGAAUAUCAUCAAAGCACGGAAUCUGAAAGCCAUGGACAUCGGGGGAACGUCAGACCCUUACGUCAAGGUGUGGCUGAUGUACAAGGACAAGAGGGUGGAGAAGAAGAAGACGGUGGUAAUGAAGCGGUGCCUGAACCCAGUCUUCAACGAGUCCUUCAUCUUCGACAUCCCCACCGAGAAGCUGCGAGAGACGACCAUCAUCAUCACCGUCAUGGACAAGGACAGGCUGAGCCGGAAUGACGUCAUUGGCAAGAUUUACCUGUCCUGGAAGAGUGGCCCCGGCGAGGUGAAGCACUGGAAGGAUAUGAUCGCCCAUCCCCGGCAGGCCGUGGCACAGUGGCACCAGUUGAAGGCCUGAGCGGCAGCAGCUGAGAAUUCUGUCUGGCUUUCACCGCUCCAAGUAGACGUUUCUUGGCCAUGCUCUCACUACUUUAUGCACAACAGAGGCACCUGGGGUCCCCCUAGGGGACAAGCUUGGGGCUGACAAGGAGCUGAGGGUCUGAAGUUGGCAACGUUUCCAAACUCUGGGAAGCAGCGUUGGCCGCCCGCUGUGUCCACGGGGCACCCAGCACCAAUGGGAGCACCUUUAGUGCCCAACUUCCUGCUUUAACCUUUCCUCCUGACUCGUUACGCCGAGAGAGAGAUGCCAGCCCUCUAGGUGGGAAGGAGCCUUGGCGCUGGUUUGUUUUGGCCCUGGAGGGCGGGGAAGUGGUGUUGGCACAACUGGCUCCAUGAGGUGGUGAGAGGAGGAGACACCUCCGCCACACAAGACUUCCUAUGAGUUCUUCCAGCCCAAGGCCUGUUGGGAGCGCUCCCCUGAGGAAGCCAGCAUCUCCUAGGGGGCGCGUGGGCCUAGAAGGGGGGCCGGCAAGGGGGACACGCCCUCGGUCUCCUUGAGGUCAUUUAUUUUUAAUUCAAUAAAACUUGUAAGAGUAAUAAGAAUAAUAUAAGUAAUAGCGGCUAGAAUCCCAUCCCGGCCAGGGCUGGGGGAAUCCGCGCCACUCCAACAGCCUCCUGUGCGUUUGCUGUGUGUGUGUAUAAGCGUGUUGUAAGUGUCACAUGUUUGCGUGCGGGCUGCUCACGUCUCGCUCGCUCUCUCGCUCUCUCUCUCUGCCCUGCCUGGGAGCAACCCCUGAUCCCACAGGACGGUGAUGAUCCCAGUGCGGGAUGUGGGUUUUUUUUAAUUGGCUGGUGCAUGGGGUUUGAAGGAAUUGAUGCCACAUGGGGAGUGGGGCCAGUCCAUGCUUGAUAGGGAGGGAGGUGGAAGGAGCUGCCCACCAGGCAGGGUCUCCCCUCAUGACCACUCUGUGGUAUAUGGGAUUGGAAGCCAUAACAGAUGGAUUGGUAGCCAAACUGGGCUCGGCUUUAGGGCUAAUGAGAGCUUGACUGUAGUCACUGCCCUCUGGCAGGUGAGGGCCUCGUCCUGCUCGAACUGAGAGAGUUUCCCAAACCAGCUCCGAAACACUGCCCCACUCCCAGGCAUAUGGACCCCGAAACAGCCCACCCCUCCAGCACCCAUCCCCCAACCUCACCUGAGACACCCCACACCCUCGCCAUACACAGCCCACCCGUCCAGCACCCAUCCCCCAACCUGACCCCAGACACCCCACACCCUCCCCAUACACAGCCCACCCCUCCAGCACCCAUCCCCCAACCUCACCCGAGACACCCCACACCCUGCCCACCCCUUCAGCCCCCAGCCCCCAACCUGACCUAGGCCUCAGAGAUGCUGUCUGUGAAGGUCUCCCACUUGCUGUGGGGCUGGAUAUGCCCCCACCUCUUCUCCUCAAUCCAGCAGUGAUGCGGCCCCAUGAUGGGCUCUCCUGGGUGGGCUGAGGUAGCAGGCGGCUAUUUCAUGGUGGCCCAUUUGAGCCCAUUCCGGGUGCCUCACUGGGCCAUGUCCGCUGCAGUGGCUGACUGGGCCCCAGGGGUGCUCUGUUCCUCACCCCCACAGAUCUGGGCAUUGCUGCUCAUUUCCUGGCAGCGCGACACUGGGGCAAAGGGGCUGCACAUCGCCCACAAAUGGGCACAAAAUAACUAAUGUCGCCCAGAAGCCCCUGAGGAGCCUGCUAGGUGUCCAAGGACGCCAGAGCCCUGGGUGCUGGGGCAUGGGAAUGCUGCAGACACAUCCCACCCCCCGCCUGCCGCCCAUCAUUCCCCACAAGCAGGGGGCCAGACUGGCAUAGCUGUGAGCGCGCCCGUGCUGCUGCUACACCACUGCCUACACCUGCCUGCUGCCCAGCCACUCAGCCCCAGGGCUCUGACCUGCCCCGGUCCCUCCCCGGCCCCUUUGAAGGGACUGUGCCUUUCUAUUCCCGUCAGGCCUGAGCCUGGGGGGGCAGGCGUGCUGAAUUAAGCAUCGGCCUCACUCAGCCAGCAAGGGACGCUGCUAGAGAGCUAGCUGGAAACUGCCCAACUGGGCUGCAAGCCAGGGCUGGUGCUGAGCCAUGGGAUUAGGAGCCGCUGAACAGCCACUUACACUCAGGCAAGGGCACGAAGCCCUCAUUUAAUUCCUGCAGCCCUUUGACUCGGUGCUAGCACAGGGAGGGGAGCCCCAGCCAUGGGCCUGCAGAGAGCAAACCAUAGGGCGUGCACAGCCGCAAAGCCCCCACCAGGGGGCACUGUAGGGCCAUAGGCAGAGCGGUGCUGGGGCUCUGGCUCCGGCUGAGCACCCUUGGAGUUACUGCCCGGGGAGCUGGCCAGGGAGCCCCACAGAGACUAGGUGCUUCCAGAGUUGCCCGUCCCCGAUCAGCGCAUGGGGCUGGUCCCUGAUUCCCCCGCUGGCAGAAACACAGCGCUCAGGCCCUGAACUAGACUCACGGCAGGAGGCCGGUACGUGCCAGCCCACUCACCCCAAUCCCUGGGCCUGCACAGCUGCCCCCUUGCUAUGCAUGGCCCUCUGGGACCCGCUUUCCAUGGCACCAUGGCUGCUCCUCUGCUGAGGCCUGGGCUCCUCACCAUUGUUCUGCAUCCCCACAUCAUCCAUUCCCCACUGAGCCACUCCUCUCACUGGGGCCCCAUACAAUGGUUCACCAUU